ACAGUUUACAGUUUGCAGAAAAAAUGUAUGGUGAUUCUUAUAAAAAGGCAUGACAAAAACGAGAUAAAAAUGCAUGUAAUAAUGCAAGAAGCAAAUAAAAUGAGUUCAAAGCAAGUUAAAGAUGGAUUGAAGUGUCUAAAAGAUGAAAAAAUAGUUGAAAAUUCGAACAUCAAGAAUCAAAAACAUCAAGAACUUGACCAUGGCAGUGCUCUGCAAGUUUUUCUUGAUCGAAUCCCUAUUAAUUCUAUCCCUGGCAUCAGAAAUUCUCCUGUUGUGGAAUUGAAAAGUGGGGAUAGUGUAAAAGAUGCAAUCGAAUUGUUGUAUGAGAAGAAUGUGUGUGGUGCUCCCAUUGUUGCUGACGUUGUGAAUCCUGAAACUAGUUUUGGAAGAUUUUCAGAUCAGUAUUUAGGGUUUAUUGAUUUUUUCAGCUUAGUUCUUUGGUUUCUUGAGGAAUGUGAAAAGGCCAAUCUUCAAGCUAAAGAAAAUAGUGGUGGUGAUACUGAAAAGAACAGCUUUUUAACCCUACUAGAACAGAAUCCUGAAGUUUCACAAACAAAAGUUGGUGAGUUAGCUAAGUGUUUCCUGUGGGAUCCAUUUUUCCCAGUACACUUUGAUGAUACUUUAUUUCAUGUUCUGCUGCUCCUCUCCAAGCACCCUCACCUGCAGGCGGUGCCUGUUAUCGAGCAAUCUGACUUUCAGGUCACCGGCUUCAUAACACAGAAUGCAGUCAUCCAGUUGUUGCUACGAUCAAGUGGACUCGAGUGGUUUGAUAGCAUGGCUGACAAAGCUUUAUCCGAUUUCCACUUUGAAAGUGAGGAGCGAAUAGUUACUGUGAGCGGUGAUCAGAACUUGGCAGAAGCUCUGAAGAUGUUAUGGAAAUGCCGACUAGGUGCAGUUGCAGUUGUUAAUGGAGAAACUGAUAAGAUCAUCGGGUGCUUUAGUAGCAGCCAUGUUUAUCUUCUUUUGGAGAAUCAUCAACUAUUUAAUGAUAGAAAGACUUUAACGAUGCAGGAAUUUGUUCACAUGAAAACCGGAAAAGAAGAAGUCGAUCCUACCAUCGAUCAAGACCUGGGGGCUCUCUUGACAGCCGGUGCUCUUCGACUACGGAGCAGCUUACAUCCGAAAAUGUAUUCUCCAGUCACGGCAGAAAGAAGCAAUACUCUUAAGCAAGUAAUGAACAAAAUAGCAGAAUCAAGAGCAAAUUUUUGCUUUCUAGUUGAUGAUUCUCAGCGGCCAGUAGGAAUGCUCACAUUGAGAGAGAUAAUAAUUCAGUUUGCUCCACCUUGUAUAGAUUCGGGUAUUCAUGGCGGUGGCUUCUUUGAAUCUGCUCUAGAACAAGCUGGAUGUCAGAUCAAAAAUGGGACCAUGAUUUGUGAUCAUUAAGCUGUACCACUCGGAGUGAAUGAAUUGAGCUACUCGCAAUUAUUCGAGAUCAUGCUAUUUGAGUUAAUCUCGAGGCUAAUUCAAUAUCAUAUAAAGAGGCUAGUGAGGUGUAUAACAUUUUUGUCAGUUGAAGUUUAUAAUCUAUAGUAAAAACAAAUUAAAAAUAUUACAUAUGAGAAUCUUUUGGAUAUUUAUUGAACUCGAGCUCAAACUCGAAUAGCUUGAAUAUCAUUAGAUUUUGAGUUUGAA